AUGUGUGCCACCAGUGCAAAGUUCGGAGGAGAGGCUUCCCGGUUACGGCUGCUCGGGCUCAUCGUCGCCCUUCUGGUCUUGUCCGCGGAGGCUGCGCCUGAUCACGAAACAUUGGGCGGUGGUUGCCCCAAUGGCCGACUGACGUUCGAGCUCGUCACCGGAUACGUGUACAGCGCUCCGUCGGACACGAUCGAGCUGAAACCCGGCACGCUGCAGCUGACCGACUGUCUGGACCACUGUCGCCGCAACGCGUCGUGCCAGUCGGUGAACUUCGAGACUGGCCUGUGCGUGCUCUUCACCUCGAGCGCCACCGAGCGACCGGCCUCGUUGGCCGUCUCGCAGUUUCCCGUGUUCACUCUCUACGCGCAGAAGAUAUGCCUGUUCGGAAAACGUCGCUGCAAUCGCGACUGGGCCUUCGAGCGCGUCACGGGCUACGCCUUGCGUGACUUGGCGAGAAAGCGUCUCCACGCCGUGGCUCGGGAGGAGUGCAUGGACCUGUGCCUGGACGAGACCGAGUUCCAGUGCCGCUCGGCCAACUUCGACCCGUCGUCCGGAGAGUGCGCCAUCAGCGACAUGGACCGUCACUCGGUGGUCGGGGAUCGGUACUUCGUGCCCGCGGCAGAGACCAGCGAGUACCUGGAAAGCAACUGCGUCGACGAGUCCGUGCGGCUGUGCGAGUUCCGCACGGUGAGCGGCAAGAUUCUGAAGACGGUGGACGCCGUGUUCCAGAACGUGACCACCCUGGAGGACUGCCGGCGGCUGUGCCUCAGCGUGCCCUACCGGUGCCACUCGUUCGACCUGGGCGACCCGGACAACAGCGUGUGCCGCAUCAGCCACCACGCGAGGGCGUCGCUGUCGCACAUCGAGAACCCCUACCUCGAGAUACCCGGCGCCGCCACCAACGAGCUCGCAGCAUGCUACAACGUGACAAUUCAGUGCAAGGCCCGCGAGAUGGUCGCCAUGGUGAAGACGAGCAAGAUCUUCAACGGCAAGGUGUACGCCAAGGCGAGACCCAACUCCUGCGUCACUGACGUCAUCAACAGCCUCGACUUCCAGAUACGCAUGGCCUACCACGAGCUCGACUGCGACGUCAAGCAGGAGAACCUAGGCCAGUUCUCGACCGACAUCGUGAUUCAGCACCACGACAUGAUCGUGACAAACCAGGACCUCGGGCUGUCCGUGCACUGUCAAUACGACCUCGCCAACCGGAGCGUCUCCAACGGGGUGCAACUCGAGGUCGACGGGCGGGAAGUGGAGACAUCGCAGAGCCAGCUGGCCACGGUGAGCUCUCCGAACGUGACGAUGCGCAUCACCGAUCGCCAAGGCGACGAUGUGUUCACCGCUCAAGUGGGAGACCCCCUGGCGCUUCGAUUCGAGAUCAUCGACAGCAACAGUCCAUACGAGAUCUUUGUGCGGGAGUUGGUCGCCAUGGACGGCGUGGACAGCAGCGAGAUAUUGUUGGUCGAUAGCCACGGAUGUCCUACUGACCGCACCAUCAUGGGACCCUUGCACAAGGUCAACGAGGACGGCAAGGUCCUUCACGCGCCCUUCGACGCCUUCAAGUUUCCAACGUCCGAGAUUGUCCAGUUCAAGGCGCUCGUGACACCCUGUCUGCCGACCUGCGAACCGGCCCGGUGUUCGGAGAAAGGUCAGGCCUACGGGCGCGAGGUGAACUCCUUCGGUCGCCGGCGUCGCCGCUGGACCGAGGAAGGCGCCGCGGACGUGGACGGCGACCGUCGUUCUCGUCGAUCGACGGUUGCCGGUGGCGACGACGACGAAGACGACGAGCUCGUCGUCGUCCAGACAAUCCACAUCACGGACAAGUUCGGCUUCGCCAGGUCGCAGCUCAAGGACGGCGAGAACGGCGUGGACGGCUCCUCGAAGCAGGACACCAUGAUGCUGUCCACGGACGGAUCGAGUUGCAUCAACGUGGUCGGCCUCAUCGUGGCCUGCUCCAUGUUCCUGAUGGCCCAGGUGGUCCUCCUGCUCGUCUGGGGAUGCGUGUGGCAGCGCAGGCGCCGCAACAAGCUCGACGAGUGCAACACGCCCAGCAUCGACAUCCUCUACUCGUCCUCCAGUAAGAUCUACUAGUACGCAUCAUCG